CAUACACCUAUAGAGCUGCUGCUGCUACCAGGUAGACGAACUACUACCACUACGACUAGUACUAUCACCACCACCACCACCACCACCAUUACUACGAACUACCCCUCUCCUCUUUCCCCCUCCCUCGCCAAUGCCCAAUUUAUCUUGGGUCUUAGUCGGCCAUGCAGCCAGCGACGUGUCAUGCGUCCUGCCAAUGAUGAACCUCGUCAGUGAAGACACAUGGGAAAGUAUUCUGAUUGCACUGAAGAGCAUUGUUCCAUGUACGAUACAGUACAACCAUCAAUCAGGAAGCGAGAGCCAACCCGGACAAGGUUUGAAUCUGAUAUCCAACAAUAGGCGCCCGUCUGCCUCCCGCCCGCAGCCUGCUUCGGCCCCAAGUAUGUAACGUAUCCACCUGCAGUGCGUGACAAUCUGCCGAUCCCAGGACCCCCUUCCAUGGAAUCGAUUUCUGGGGGAUCGCCCUGCUACACUACGAUCCUG